CAGAUAAGUAUUAACAAUGGAUCCUGACGCAAAAGAUAAACUAGAAAUGGAAGUCGAAAGUCUUCGAUUACAAUUGCUAGAAAAAGAAAAUGAAUUGGCCGAAUUGAAAAGACUUCAGCAACAAAACGAUUCACCUCCAACUCCCCCUCGAUUACUGACAAACGAUGAAAUAGCUCGUUAUAGUCGUCAAUUAAUUCUACCCGAAUUCGGAGGAGUUCAUGGCCAAUUAAAACUCAAAAAGUCUUCAUUUCUUAUCGUUGGAGCUGGAGGACUUGGUUGUCCUGCAGCUCAGUAUUUAGCUGCUGCUGGUGCGGGCACUAUUGGCUUAGUAGACUAUGACGAUGUUGAGAAGAGUAAUCUCCAUCGACAGAUUUUACACUCGGAGCAUUUCGUUGGCAUUCCAAAAGUUCUUUCGGCCAAAAGCGCUUUGUUAAAAAACAAUUCAAGUUCAAAUAUUGUUACUUAUCACAAACAAAUGAGCAAUGACAACACUUUGGAAAUUGUUGAGCAAUACGAUGUGAUUCUGGAUUGUAGUGACAAUGUUGCUACGCGAUAUCUGUUGAACGAUGCUUGUGUCAUUAAAGGGAAGCCAUUAGUUUCAGGAAGUGCUUUGCAGUUUGAUGGACAAUUGACUGUUUAUAACUUCAAUGGAGGACCUUGCUACAGGUGUUUAUUCCCAGUUCCACCACCACCGGAGACUGUUACGAAUUGUGGUGAUGGAGGGGUUCUUGGAGCAGUUACUGGAGUCAUUGGAUCCCUUCAAGCAUUAGAAGCUAUAAAAGUUGCUCUCAAUUUGGGCGAUACUCUAAGCGGACGAUUGUUACUGUUCGAUGGAACCAAAUCAAUAUUUCGUAAUAUUAAACUCCGUGCUAAACGAAAAGAUUGUUAUGUUUGCUCAGAGCAUCCGUUUGUAACGAGGCUUAUCAAUUAUGAACAGUUUUGUGGAAUGCGUGCAUCUGAUAAGGACUUUUCACUUGCAAUUCUGCCCGUUAAACACCGAAUGUCUGCCUUAAAGUACAACAAUGUGUAUUCAAAAGAGGAACAUUUACUCAUCGAUGUUCGAAGUCCUGUUGAAUUUGAAAUGUGUCGACUUGAUAAUUCAAUUAAUAUUCCUCUUAAAAAUAUUCUAGACGAUAGUAGAGUAAACGAAAUUCUAUCUCAAGUUAAGAGUGAUGUAAUGCCAGUUGUUGUUAUUUGUCGACGUGGUAACGAUUCCCAAUUAGCUGUAGAUCAUUUGCGUCACAAAAUUCAAUCCUAUCAGCUUAAGGACAUUAUUGGUGGAUUAUAUGCGUGGCAAAAGAAAGUUGAUCCAAGCUUUCCUAUCUAUUAACUAGACUUAAGUUUAAAAAAGAAGCCAUUUUUUCUUUAUACUACACACACACACACAAAUGAUUUUAUUUGUUUUUUUUUUUAAUUA